AUGAAGCGAGUGCUGGAGGGCCCCGUGGAGCUUUCGACUCUUCAGUGUUUAUGUCUCUUAAGCUUAGUAGACUUUACAAAUGGCAAUACACAUCGCUCAAGUAUCCAUAGCAGCCUAGCGAUGAAUCUGGCACAAUGUGCAAGCUUAUGCUCUGAACCCCAUGGUUCAUUGCCCCCAGUUGCGCGUGAAGAGCGAAGACGUUGUUUCUGGAGCAUCUGCCUUAUGAAGCGUCUUCAUGGUGUUGAGUUUGACAACCUGGAUUUUCCAGAUGGCCACUGUCCUCAUUUCCCAGAAAGCCCGAAUUUACCGCCCCAGCACUGUCCACCAAAAAUGGCAGAUGGGGGCCGAUCAACUGAUCUUCAAGACCAUGGCAUAAUAGCCUACGUCAUAAUGUUGAGCGAAGUAUUCGUGAAGACUGCAAGAUAUGUCCGACGACAUGGGAAGCCAGACAGUGUCCCUCCAUGGUCUUCGCAGUCGGAAUACUCCAAGAUAAUAACACUCCAAAUGGAGCUUGAAACACGUGUGCCAUAUGUUCACCGGUUUAAACCUGUUAAUUUUAGCGAAAGAACGCUAGAUGAACUACAGACUAAUAGGGAUUACUGGGGCCCCUUUCUCUUAAGCCAAUUCUUGUAUCACACGAUCCUAUGCCUGCUCAACCAUCCACUGCUAUUGUCACUCAGUCUUCGAAAUUUCCGGAGCAGCAUUCCUGAGAUAUUCUUGCAACACACAUCUGAUCUGAUCUCCUCCCACACGACGUGGAUAAUCUAUUUCCUUAAUUACUUUGAAGAGAGGUCGUUCAUGGUAUCGGAUCCAUUUCUUGGGUACAGCGCAGCCGUGGUAGCUACGAUUGAAUUGCAGCUAAGCUUCACUGAGAACCCUACAAUCCGAGAAGAGAAACGUGGGCGCUUUUUUAAGUGCGUUAGGUUUGUAGAAUACCUGGGACAAAAUUGGCCUCACAUGGCGCGAAUGGCGGAUCGAUUGCAGAGUUUAGAGGACGCAGUUUCUGCUACCUAUCGACCUGAAUCCGGCGCUCAGAAUAAGAGCCUGUUGAUAGACCUCUCGCGAUUUUGGGAAAUCCUCGAAUAUUCUUCUAAUGGCGACACAGACUCAGCUCGGCGAAUGUUUGGUGACUCGUUGUAUUCCAACUCACCUGCAUUCACAGCAGAGGUCUCUCAGACAUCGCCACUGCCAGAGCCGACACGCAUGAGCACGCAGCAGGGGAUAUCACAGUCUCCUCUCCCAACCCACUUCAACCUUCAAACAUCCUUGACCAGAGAUCCAUCCUGUCCUGUGGAAUCUGUGGCAACAUCCCAGCCCGCCGAUUUACUGAAUGAUGAGUUUUCGAUACUUGCUGCGAACUUUUUUUCCCAAGGCCAGGAAUUUUUACGAUUCAGUGAUAAUAGGGAUGGUCUGGGUAAUCUGUGA